AUGACUAAAAAAUCAUACAAUAAACAUGUUAGACCAUAUGGAGAAUCUAAUAAUGGUCCUGUUAAUGUUGAGGUUGAUUUAUUUAUUAGAAGUAUAUCAAAUUUAAAUGAAAUUAAUAUGGAAUAUUCAACACAAAUAACCUUAAGACAAAAAUGGUUUGAUGAAAGAUUAUCAUAUGGUAAUAAUAAAAGUAUUGUAUCAUUUUUACCAGAAUAUUUUAUAUUAACUGAUGAUAGUAAAAUAUGGAUGGUUGAUACAUUUUUUCCUAAUGAAAAAAAUGGUCAUAGGCAUAUGAUUGAUAAACCAAAUAUGUUAUUAAGAAUUUAUGGUAAUGGUAAAGUUUUGUAUAGUGUUAGAUUAUCAUUAGUUCUCUCCUGUCCAAUGUAUCUUCAGUAUUAUCCAAUGGAUGUACAAAAUUGUUAUAUAGAUUUAGCAUCAUAUGGAUAUACAAAAGAUGAUAUAAUAUAUAAAUGGAAUAAUGAAACACCUAUACAAUUACGUGAUGGUUUAACAAAAUCAUUACCACAAUUUGAAAUUAUUAAUUAUACAACAACAACCUGUGAAAGUAUAACAAAAUUAGGAAAUUUUUCCUGUAUAAGAUUUAAUUUUAGUUUAAAAAGACAAUUUGGUUAUUAUUUACUUCAUCUUUUUAUACCAUCAAUUAUGUUAGUUAUGGUAUCAUGGAUAUCAUUUUAUCUUGAUCCAAAUGCAGUACCAGGAAGAGUUACACUUGGAACUGUAACAUUAUUAACAUUAAUAGCAAAUGCAAAUGGUAUUAAUUCAAAAUUACCACCAGUAUCAUAUAUUAAAGCUAUUGAUGUUUGGAUAUUAUUUUGUAUAUUAUUUUUAUUUACAUCAUUAAUUGAAUUUGCCGUAACAUGUUUUUUAUAUAAUAGAAUACCAACUUAUACACUUGUUGAUGAGGUUGAAAAUAAUUAUACUAAUUCAAGAGUUAUACAAUCAAAUUCAAAUGAAUUAAAAAUAAAAAUACUUGAUAAAUUUUCUGGAAAUAAGGCAAAAAAAAUUGAUUGUAUAUCAAGAAUAAUAUUUCCAAUAUUUUUUCUUUUUUUUAAUAUAACUUUUUGGACCUACUAUUCUGAACAAAGAUAUAAAUAA